AUGAAUUUACAAAAUGAAAAAAAGAGAAAAGGUGGAGCUGCUCGUUUACGUGACAAAAACAAAAAAAAAUUGAUUGAAACAUCAUCGAAAUGUUAUAAUAUAGAGCAAAUGUUUACAAAAAAAACGCAGUCAACAAUUACAAUUGCCAACAUUCCUGUUAUAUUACCGACACCAAAUAAUACAGUUUUAGAACCAAAUAAUGAGACUUGUAGUAAUGCAUUUGAAACUAGUAUAAGUAAAGACAAUAAUCUAGAUGAAUAUAGAAAUGAAUCUAAUAUUGAAGAUAAAGAUAUUAUAGAGAAGGUAAUUGAUAUUUCUCUGAAUAAAAAUCAUACUCCGCAGCAACCUAUGUUAAAUUUGUUUCCAAGAAAUCCAGAUAAUAGAUCUUUUAAUGCAAAUUACUAUAAAUUAUAUAACUGGAUUGAAUAUUCUGUGUUAAAUGAUGCAGUGUAUUGUUUUGCAUGUAGACAUUUUUCAACAAAUAAAUGUAUUCGUGGCCAAUAUAGUGGUAACUAUGUAUUCAUCAAUCGAGGAUUUAAUGGUUGGAAAAAACAAUCUGUGUGUUUGAAGAUUCAUAAUGAAAGUGAUAGACACAAGUCCAGCAUUGAAAAAUGGACACUUUAUUUGAGUACUAAACAAAAUGAUAGCUCUACUCUGUAUCUUGCAAAGCAAGGACUUGCAUUCCGUGGCCAUAAUGAAGAAAGAGAGUCCUUAAACAGAGGUAAUUUCAUUGAACUAUUAGAGACAUUUGGAGACAAGAACACAAUAUUAAAAAUGCAAUCAAGGUACGGUCAUUAUACAUCCCACGAAUACCAAAAUGAUUUAAUAAGUGUUAUUGCUUCAUCUACAAAAAAUAUAAUUUUAAAUAACAUGUCUGAGUUUUCUGCAUUUAGUAUCUUAGUUGAUGAAACAAAAGAUGCGAGUAAAAAAGAGCAACUGAGUUUCUUGAUCAGAUUUAUUGAUAAAAACUAUAAUAUUCAAGAAAAAGCUCUUGGCUGCUAUCAUAUGGAAAAAUGUGACGCAGAUUCAUUAAGUAAAGCUAUAUUAAAAAUUGUUUCGGAAAAUAAAUUAGACAUAAAUAGAUGUGUAGCCCAGUGCUACGAUGGUGCAUCAGUGAUGAGUGGAUCUUUUACAGGUGUACAAAAGAGAAUAGCAGACAUUGUUCCACAAGCUAUAUUUAUACAUUGUUAUGCACAUCGGCUUAACCUAUGUUUGUUAAAUUCAAUUCAAGACAUAAGAUCUGUGGUAAACUUUUUUGAUACUAUUCAAGGUAUUUAUACAUAUUUAAUGAAUAGCCAAACCAGAUAUGAGUUGUUUACUAAAAUUCAAAAGGAUAAAAAAAUCAAGGUAUUACAUUUGGAAAGAUUAGUAGAAACCAGAUGGUCUUAUUGGAGAUCAAACAGCUAG